AAUAGGCAUUCAUAUGUUAUAGUGUUGGACGAAUAAAAGCUUCAGAUUUUAGGGAGUUUUGUCGCAUAGAGCUUAUGUUUAUGACAUCAUCACUGCGUACAAACGACAUGAACAUUUCCUACAUAGACAUCCACAAUGAGAUGAUCUAUGGCUUUGAACUUACAUGCGUGCAGAAGAGCUACAGCAUUAGGGACCUAAGCCAGUUUACUUGCUACAUCGACAGUGAUACCAACAAAGUUAAUUGCGUUUCUGAUUGCUACUGGGGAAACUCGAAAUCCAAUUGUGGCAUCAUGAAAUAUCUAAUAGUUUUGUCUUCGAUCCUUAUUUACAUUGCAUCCGCACUUGGAAUAAGAGCUAUACUUGGGGCUCUGUGUCUCAUUGUGCUUUUAAUCUACAAAUUCAAGAGGAGGCACUUAUCAAUGUAUGGACUCAUUGAAGAAUUCUUACAAAGUCACAACAACCUCAUGCCAAUAAGGUACUCCUACUCGGAUAUCAGGAAAAUGACCAAAGGUUUUAAGGAAAAAUUGGGUGAAGGAGGUUAUGGUUCUGUAUACAAAGGGAAGCUCCGAAGCGGUCGCCUUGUAGCAAUUAAGAUGCUGGGUAAGUCCAACACAAAUGGGCAAGAUUUUAUCAAUGAAGUUGCUACCAUUGGAAGGAUUCAUCAUGUACAUGUGGUGCAACUAAUUGGCUAUUGUGUUGAGGGAUCAAAGCGGGCUCUUGUGUACGAGUUCAUGACAAAUGGAUCUCUUGAUAAACACAUCUUUCGUAAAGAAGGACCCUCAUCCUUAAAUUACAAGAAAUCAUUUGAAAUUUCACUUGGAGUUGCUCGCGGUAUUGACUAUCUUCAUCAAGGAUGUGAGAUGCAAAUUUUUCAUUUUGACAUCAAGCCUCACAACAUUCUUCUUAACGAGGAUUUUGUUCCAAAGAUUUCUGACUUUGGGCUUGCAAGAUUAUGUCCAUUAGAUGAGAGCAGUUUAACUUUGACUGCAGCGAGAGGAACCAUCGGAUACAUAGCUCCAGAGUUGUUUUACAAAAAUAUAGGAGGAGUGUCAAACAAAGCUGACAUCUACAGUUUCGGAAUGCUGUUGAUGGAAAUAGCAGGAAAAAGAAAGAAUCUGAAUGCAAUUGCAGCUCAUUCAAGCCAAAUAUACUUUCCUUCAUGGGUUUAUGACCAAUUCAAUGAAGGAAAGGACAUAGACAUGGAAGAUGCCACUGAGGAGGAAAUGAAAAUAACAAAGAAGAUGCUUAUAGUGGCUUUGUGGUGUAUACAAAUGAAGCCUAGCGAGCGUCCUAAUUCGAUGGGCAAAGUAGUUGAGAUGCUUGAAGGAGAAAUCGAAUCCCUUCAAAUGUCUCCAAAGCCUUUCCUCUAUCCACAAGACAAACCAGUGGUGAAUGAUGAAGAGAAUUCAGAGACAACAUCGUCAUCAACACAAUCGAACAAUGAUGCUACAGAGUCAAAAAGCUUAAUUCAAAUUGCUGACGAAAUAAUGUAGCCCAAGUUAUGUACAAGGGAAGGCAUGCUGUCUAACAUUUCAACCGUGUAAGGGCAAUAAUGGUUGUUUCCUUUUUGUGAGGACGAAUAUCCUUCUUGUAAUAUUUUUCUUUCAUGAUUUGUUUAGUUGUCAACAGUUUUUGGUUCUUCCUCCUUUAAAUUGAAGUGUAAUCUGCGGUAUGGUGUGGUACUCCU